AUGUCAAAAGAUUCUAACAACAUAGAGGAAAACGAGGAUUCGAAACCCCUUGUUAAGUCAAAAGAUAUCGACUCAAAAGCUAGCGCAAAGCUUCUUUUUUCUCAAGCAGGGAAGUAUGAAUGAACUUUAAUUGCCAUCGGCUUUAUUACAAUGUUGCUCUUUCGACUUUUUCCAAUGUAUCUAUUUUAUCUGUUAGGAGAAGUCGUUGAAGCCGUCUAUGAGAAUCCUGACGAUGAUGAUGAAUUUUAUGAUCAAAUGAGAGAAGCUGCUAUAUGGAUGAUUGUAGGAGGAGUUGCGUGCUUAAUGGUAGGCUGGAUAGCUGUCAUCUGCUUCUUAAUAGCAGCUAAAAGUAUUUCACUGAAGUGAAGAAGUGUCUAUUUUCACAGCAUUAUAAAUAAGCCUGUCAAAUGGUAUGAUAGAAAUAAUCCAUCUGAGCUCUCAAGUGCAAUUGAUAUGGACAUUGAUGCAAUUGAACAAGGGGUUGGGCUGAAGUUUUUCUUGCAGCUACCAAUGGCUAUUUCAUAUCCCAUGCUGUUUAUAUUUGCAGGAAUUAUUAACUUGCAGCUGACCUUGAUUGCCUUAAUACCAAUCCCACUACAGUUUUUUGCGUUUACAGCUUACGAAAAAGUAACAAUUGAUUCAUCUUUUAACAAACAAGAGAAAUACAAGUCAGCGGGAGGGAUUGCUGAGGAAAGUUUUGAAGGAGUCAAAACUAUCGCUUCCUGCAAUGCGCAGAAACCAAGAACUGAACUUUAUCACUCUGAGCUCAAAAACCUAGCUCCUUCCUUUAAGAACAAUUUUUUUUGGGUUUAAUCUUAAGGUGGAAAUAUUUUAUUAAAAUAAAUUAUGUUUUGAAGUUUAAUAAAAUACUUACAAGCAUUUAAAAUAAUUAUUAUUAAAAUAAAAUCUAAAAUUAAUGCUAAAAAUGUAAUAUCUCUAAAAAUUAAUUAAAUAUAUCGAAAUCAUGCCUUAAAACUUGCAUUUAAAUUUGCUUGCUUUUAUUAUUUUCAAAAUAGGCAAUUUUCCAAUGGCUUUGCUCUCUUAAAAAGGGGGUAAGAGACGAAACAACAAAAAUUGGAGUUUACCAAGGGUUUCUAUACAGCAUUACAGCAGUCAUUUUCUAUAUGCUUACUGGCAUUACAUUUUAUUUUGGGUCCAUUUUCAUAAGAGACGACAGGUAUAACUGGACACUUGAUGAAGAAAUGGAGCGAAAAGACCUUGUGGUCUUGGCCCUCUGCUUUAUGAUGACAUCAUUGUAUCAAGGGACUUUUGUAACUGUAAUUACUGUUCUAAAUAACGCAAAAGUGGCAGCUGCCAGAGUAGAUGAAGUAGUCCAGAGCAAUAAAAGAUAUGGAGGAUAUUUAAAACCUGAACCAAUCAAAGGAGACAUUGACUUUGAAAAUGUUCAUUUUAGGUACCCAGCCAAAAAAAGUGUUCCUAUCUUAAAAGGAGUUUCUUUUAAAGUCAGAGAAAAAGAGUCAUUAGCCAUUGUAGGGCAGACUGGGUCAGGCAAAAGUACAAUAAUUCAGCUUAUUGAAGGGUUUUAUUAUUGCGAAAAAGGUACAAUAUUAAUUGAUGGGGUUGAUAUCAAAAAGUACGAUAUUUCAGCUUUAAGAGGCUUUGUAGGUUUGGUGAGUCAGGAGCCAAUUUUAUUUAAUACGACGAUAAAGGAAAACAUCAGAAUUGGCAGAAUGGACGCCAAUGAUGAAGAAAUAGAGCAAGCGGCAAGAGAAGCUGAAGCAGCGUUUAUUGAAGACCUUGAGGAUAAAUUCGACACAUAUGUAGGGAUCAAAGGAUCUUUACUUUCUGGAGGCCAAAAGCAAAGGGUUGCUAUUGCAAGAGCUUUGCUUAAGAACCCAAGCAUUUUACUACUAGAUGAAGCCACAAGCGCACUAGACGUAAAAACUGAGAAAAAAAUCCAAGUCACUCUUGACAAGGUGUCUCAGAACAGAACAACUAUUAUAGUCGCCCAAAGGCUAAGCUCAGUCAAAAACGCCAAUAAAAUUAUAGUGAUUUCUGAAGGUGUGAUUGCUGAAGAAGGAAACCACGAGUCUUUGAUCAAGCUAAACGGCCGAUAUGCCAGAUAUUGCGAAAUCCAGACUAAAACUGAAGAAGUCCUAGAAGAAGAAAUCCCUGAAGAAAAAGCCAAAUCAGAAAAAGACCAAGACAUGAUGAGCUACCAGACCUCAAUCUCUAAAAGAGUCAAAGCUGACAAGUCCAAGUACAUGAAAGGGAUUCAAGUCCAGCUUCUUAAACAGUGGGACUGGAUGCUCGUAGCUGCCAUUUGUGUUAUUAUUGUUGGACUUUGCUAUACUUGCAUGGGAUAUGUGUUUGCCGACGAUAUUGUGACUACUUCAGAAGAUGAGGGCGAUGAAUAUCAAGAUAAUACCUGGGACAAUUUGUGGUGGUCUGUUAUCAUAUCUGCAGCUGGUUUUGUGACGAUUGUUAUUGCAUUUAGUGCUCUGGGUAGGACUGCUGCGUUAUUUACAGACGAUAUCAGAAUGAGAGGGAUGAACGCAAUUCUCUAUUAUGACCAAAAAUUCUUUGACAAGCCAAUCAAUAACCCUGCAUUGCUGUCUUAUACCUUUUCGAAAGACUGUGAUAAAAUUUCCUCAAUUGGAGGCACAGUAUUAAUUUUCCAGCUACUUACUAUUUCAAGUAUUGUGUCAGCUGUUAUAUGGACUCUCUGCAUAGACUGAUUCUAUGCUUUAAUAGUGAUAUUCUUUUUUGGUAUAAUGACAGUGGUGCAUUUAGGCGGUGAUGUUUUUAGGCAGAAUGAUAAAAUGACUCCAGCUCAAACGACCCAGAUUGCUUUUGACUGUUUGACAAACAUAAAAACAGUGAAUUCUUUAAAUAAGCAAGACUAUUUCCACGUGAGGUAUGUGAAUUCUUGUAAAGAGGCCAAUAAAGGGAUUGUGGUUUCUUAUAUUCCUGAUGCCUUUAGAUUUUCAUUUAAAAUAGCUGUUAUAUUUUUAGUAUGGGGAUUUUCCUUUUGGACUGGUGCAGCACUCGUAAAAGAGAAUCACUUAAGCAGAAACAACUUAUGCUAUGUUUUCUUUACCAUUUUACUUGCAACUUACAGUGCAGUUGUGCUUUCAUAUUUGCCUCAGGAUACAGAUGAAGGGAUUAAAAGUGCUAUAAAAAUGAAUGAUAUUAUUGAGUAUGAGCCUGAAGUAAAUGGAGACUCAAAAGAUGGAAUUACAGACCCGAUUUCUGGAAAAGUGGCCUAUGAAAAAGUCAGCUUUAAAUAUGAAGGCAGGCUUAAUCCAGUUCUCAAAAACGUCAGCUUUGAAGUCCUUGCAGGCAAAACACUGGGUAUAACUGGUUCAACAGGUUCGGGAAAAUCCACCAUUGCGCAACUUUUGUUGAGAUUUUACAACCCAACGUCAGGUCUUAUUAGAAUUGACGGCGUUUUAAUCCAAAAUUACAACAUUAUGCAUCUCAGGGAAUUCGUUUGUUGGGUUGGCCAAGAGCCUAUUUUAUUCAGAGGCACCAUGAUGUAUAAUCUAAGACUCGCAAACCAGCUGGCUACUGAAGAAGAAGCCAGAGAAGCUUUAAUUAAAGCUCAAGCAGGCGAUAUCUUGGAAAAAUACGGUCUAGAUAGUGAUGUAGGGCUAAGAGGAAGCAAGCUUAGUGGAGGACAAAAACAAAGAGUUGCUAUCGCAAGAGCUCUUGUUAGGAAACCAAAAAUUUUGGUUUUAGAUGAAGCUACCAGUGCCUUAGACACUGUUGUAGAGUCAAAACUGCAAGAAGUGCUGAAACAAGAAAAGUUUACAGUCAUUUCUAUUGCACACAGACUUAGGACUAUUAAGGACUGCGACGAAAUCAUUGUCCUUGAAAAAGGAAUUUUAGUGGAAAAAGGAACUCAUGAGGAACUGUCAAAGAAUACGAGUGGCUAUUAUUAUCAACUUUGCCAGCUAUCGACAGCUUAA